CCCAUCCCGCAGGUGCUGGUGCAGGAGCUGGAACAGCACCAGCUGCUGCCCAAGAGGCUGGAUUGGGAAGGCCGCGAGCACAGCCGCAGCUAUGAGGACUUGGUCUUAUCCAACAAACAUGUGGCUCCAGAUCAUUUGUUACAAAUUUGCAAGCGUAUUGGCCCUAUACUGGAUAAAGAGAUUCCACCCAGCAUUUCGAGAGUGAAUUCCCUGCUUGGGGCAGGGAGGCAGUCAUUGUUACGUACGGCGAAAGAUUGCAGAAAUACUGUGUGGAAGGGCUCUGCCUUUGCGGCUUUACAUAGAGGAAGACCUCCUGAAAUGCCUGUGAACUAUGGGACUCCUCCAAACCUUGUGGAAGUGCAUCGUGCAAAACAAGUGACUGGAUAUGCAAAGUUUAAUACUUCAUUUCCAGGAAGUAUGUAUCAGCACAUAAAGAUACACAGGCGGAUUCUAGGCCAUCUCUCUGCAGUUUACUGUGUUGCAUUUGAUAGGACUGGACACAGAAUAUUUACUGGCUCGGAUGACUGCUUGGUGAAGAUAUGGUCAACACACAAUGGCCGGUUACUUGCCACUCUACGAGGCCAUUCAGCAGAGAUUUCUGAUAUGGCUGUUAACUAUGAAAACACUAUGAUUGCAGCUGGAAGUUGUGAUAAAAUGAUCAGGGUGUGGUGUCUGAGAACUUGUGCACCAGUGGCUGUUCUACAGGGACACACAGGGUCCAUUACAUCUUUACAGUUUAGUCCAAUGGCCAAAGGCUCUGUGCGAUACAUGGUCUCUACUGGUGCAGAUGGAACAGUUUGCUUUUGGCAAUGGGAUAUGGAUUCCAUGAAAUUCAACAGUCGGCCAGUAAAGUUCACAGAGAAACCUAGACCUGGAGUUCAGAUGCUUUGUUCUUCAUUCAGUGUGGGUGGCAUGUUCUUAGCAACAGGCAGUACUGAUCAUGUUAUCAGAAUGUACUUUUUUGGCUCUGAAACACCUGAAAAAAUAGCUGAACUGGAAAGUCAUGCUGACAAAGUUGACAGCAUCCAGUUUUCUAAUAAUGGUGAUAGGUUCAUAAGUGGCAGCAGAGAUGGAACAGCACGCAUCUGGCGCUUUCAGCAAACAGAAUGGAGGAGCAUUUUAUUGGAUAUGGCUGAUAAAUUACCAGGCAAUGAUUCAUGUUCAGAGGAAGAUAAAUUUAUGAAGCCCAAAGUGACAAUGAUAGCUUGGAAUCAAAAUGAUGACUUUGUUGUUACUGCUGUGAAUAAUCACCUACUCAAAGUUUGGAAUUCUUAUACUGGGCAGCUGCUUCAUGAUUUAGUGGGACAUACAGAUGAAGUAUUUGUGUUGGAGACCCAUCCCUUUGAUUCAAGGAUUAUGUUGUCUGCAGGCCAUGAUGGUAACAUCUUUAUAUGGGAUAUUACAAAAGGCAGCAAAACUAAACACUAUUUUAACAUGAUUGAAGGCCAGGGACAUGGUGCUGUUUUUGACUGCAAGUUUUCACCAGAUGGACAGCAUUUUGCAUGUACAGAUUCUCACGGACACUUGUUGAUAUUUGGUUUUGGAUGUAGUAAACCUUAUGAGAAGAUUCCUGAUCAGAUGUUCUUCCACACUGACUACCGACCACUGAUUCGAGACUCUAACAAUUAUGUCCUAGAUGAGCAGACUCAACAGGCUCCUCAUCUCAUGCCCCCUCCAUUCUUAGUAGAUGUGGAUGGAAACCCUCACCCAACAAAAUACCAGAGAUUGGUACCUGGAAGGGAGAACUGUGCUGAUGAGCAUUUGAUUCCUCAACUGGGAUAUGUAGCAACAAGUGAUGGAGAGGUGGUGGAACAAGUUAUAGGCCAGCAGACUCUUGAUCAGGAUGAUCAAGGCUUGGAGCCCAGCAUUCUUGAUGGCAUGAUAAGACAGUUACAGCAACAACAAGACCAAAGAACAGGAGCAGAUCAAGAAGCAGCUCCAAGUGGACCACAGAAUGGGGAAGGAACACCUAGAAGAGCUUUUAGAAGACCAAGUUUAGACAUUCAGUCCCCUCCCAACAUUGGUUUGCGUCGCAGUGGACAAGUUGAAGGAGUGCGUCAGAUGCAUCAGAAUGCUCCACGGAGUCAAAUUGCUACGGAACGAGACCUUCAAGCUUGGAAACGAAGAGUAGUUGUACCAGAAAUACUGCUGAGCUUAUUCAGAAAACAAGAGGAGUACCGGAUUGCAAAGGGAGAGGAGGAGAGAGAGCUUUAUGUAACGGAGAGGAAAAGGAAGUCAUUUCAGUCUUCCGAACAGAGUGACUCUGAAUCUUCAUUGAUACAAUUCAAGCGUAGACUGCAUCGGUGUAAAUACCAGAGUUAUCGAACACGGAAGAAUAUAGAACAACUUGAUUCAUCUGAGGAGGAAAAGGAUGAUUGUUUUGGCUUCAUAGAGCAGGAAGCUGAAGAAAGUGAAGGUUUAGGCUCUUCAUCGGAAGAAGAAGAAUGGAAAAGUGACAAGAAAAGCAACAGUAACAGUUCGAGUGACUCUUCAAGUAGGUAUUCUGACUGGAUAGCUGAUGCAGGAAUAAAUCUCCAGCCUCCUGUGAGAACUGCUCGCCGGAAAGCUGUCAAAUAUUGCAGUACUUCAGAAGAUGAAAUAUCAGUAGAGAAAUCUUCUCCUAAAAAGAGAAGAAGAAAAAGAAGGAAAAAACCCAAACCAAAAAAACAGGAAGAAACUGAUACUCUUGCACAGCCAGUAAUCCCAGAACUGUUAGAUGACUGGCAUCCUCCUGUUUGGAUAACAGACACUGCGCUUCGAAGAUCGCCAUUUGUUCCUCAAAUGGGUGAUGAGGUAAUAUAUUUUCGCCAAGGGCAUGAAGCUUAUAUUGAGGCAGUCAGAAGAAAUAAUAAUUAUAAACUGAACCCCCACAAGGAGCCAUGGAGAAAAAUGGUUUUGAGGGAUCAAGAAUUGGUAAAAAUUGUUGGGAUAAGAUAUGAAGUUGGUCCUCCUACACUGUGUUGCCUCAAGCUUGCUUUUAUAGAUCAUGCCACUGGAAAGCACACAGACAAAUCAUUUUCUGUCAAAUAUCAUGAUAUGCCAGAUGUUAUUGAUUUCCUUAUAUUGCGUCAGUUUUAUGAUGAAGCACGACAAAGGAAUUGGCAAGCUUCUGAUAGAUUCCGAUCCAUUAUUGAUGAUGCAUGGUGGUUUGGAACUGUGUUGGGGCAAGAGCCUUACCAGCCACAGUAUCCAGAUAGUCACUUCCAGUGUUACAGUGUUAAAUGGGACAAUGGCGAAAUUGAAAAGCUUAGUCCGUGGGACAUGGAACCAAUUUCUGAUAAUGUUGAUCAACCUGAAGAAUUAGGGGCUAGUGUUUCUGUAACUUCUGGAGAAAUGGAGAAGCUACUGUACAAACCUCAAGAAGGUGAAUGGGGAAAGAAAUCUCGAGAUGAAGCAUCUGAACGGAUAAUUGGUGGUAUUGAUCAGCUUCUGACACUUGACAUUUCAGCACCAUUUGCUGGUCCAGUUGACCUUUGUACAUAUCCUAAGUAUUGUACAGUGAUAGCUUAUCCAACGGACCUUAACACUAUUCGGACAAGACUAAUCAACCGGUUUUACAGGAGAAUCUCUGCGUUGGUUUGGGAAGUGAGGUAUAUUGAAAGUAAUGCCAGGACCUUCAAUGAACCUGGAAGUGCUAUUACUAGAGCUGCUAAGAAGAUCACUACACAGCUCUUAAAGUUCAUCAAUGAUGAAGAUUGUACAGAUAUUUUUGAACUCCAUAGUGUAACAGAAGAUGAACAAGACUGUCUUGAUGAUGAUCUGGACGAGAAAUGUCUUCCAAGGACUUCAUACAGAAGAAGAAAAGGACGGGCUUUGAAGAGAAGAAAAAAUAUAAAAGUCAACUAUGAUGAAAAUAGUUGGAAGAAACAAUGUAUGGAACUAGUGAAUUUAGUUUUCCAGUGUGAAGAUUCUGAGCCUUUUAGACAACCUGUUGAUUUGGAUCAAUAUCCUGACUACAGAGAAAUUAUAGACACUCCAAUGGAUUUUGGUACAGUGAAGGAGACGCUGGAAGCUGGAAACUAUGAUACCCCAAUGGAGCUGUGUAAAGAUAUAAGACUGAUAUUUAGCAAUGCAAAAUCUUACACUCCAAACAAAAAAUCAAAGAUUUAUAGCAUGACUUUGAGACUGUCAGCACUGUUUGAGGAAAAAAUUAGAAGAAUCAUCUCUGAUUUCAAAACUGGUCAAAAACACAAUGAAAGAGUAAGAAGAAGCCAGAGAUACAAGAAACGGUUGCAGAAUAUUCCUGUACAGCAUCCUAGCAAAACAUUCAGAAAUUUGAAGCAGAAACCAUUAAAAUCUCAGGCAAAAAUUGAAUCUGAACAGGAAGAUUCUUCUACUCAACCUACCUCAAGCAGAGAGACCUGUAUUGUAAGCCAUAAAAUAAAUGCUAGCAACUGUGCUCACACUUCUUCCGGUGAAUCUUCUGAUUCUGCUUGUAUUACAUCAUUUGAAAGGAGUGGGAGAGCUAAAGCUGGAACACUAACGCAUCGUUCAACAUUGUCAUCAGAAAGUGAAGUAGAAGGCACUUUGGCUUCUUCCUUCUCAUCCUCUACGAAUAGCUCUGAGGAAAGCAAAGAAAGGUCUAUGGCUUUUGCAUCCCCAUUACUACAAAACGGCAUAUCAAAAACAAAGAGCAGGAGUUUCAGAGUAACUAGAAACAGAGCAGCUCAAAGAAAAAAAAUGGGGUCUGCUUCUCAGGAGAAUGGACAUACCAGAAAAAGUGCUAGAAAAAGAUUAUAUAGAAGUGAUUCUGAAAAUACAUCAGCAGUUGCUUCUGAACCACUGAAGAACAAAACUGGUAGACACAGAAAAAUUCCACGCAGAAGUGCCACGGUGGCUGCUAAUAAAUUAAAGCUGAUGAGUGAUGUGGAGGAGGAGAUUUCCAGCUCGGAAAGCAUUGGGAUUGGGUGCAAGAACAGAAAGCUUCCCCACCGCAAUGCCUCUGCUGCGGCCAGGAGAAUGUUACUGGAUGGCUCUGAGGAUGAUGCAGGCUUAAAGUCGGAGAGUGAACAAGAGCUAAAGGAGCAGUACACCAGGAGGAAAGCUCAUUCUCAGCCUGGUUCAUCUGCUGCUAGAAGAAAAUACAUUAGUGAAUCUGAAAACGGAAGUUCAAAUUCUGAAACUGAAACAAAAGUGGCAGUGACAGGUAAGCAAAGCAAUGGCUAUAAACAACCCCACAGAACAGUCUGUGCUGCCUCACCUGAAAUGAAAGAUCUUUCAGGUGAAAUUCUGGAGGAUGACUCUGGAAGCCACAAGUCAGAGGAUGAGAGCAGUCAGAGACUUUCUGACCAGUCCAUUUCUGUACGCAAACCUGUAGGGAUGCGCAACUCCAAAGAUGGGGCAGACUCUGACUCAGACCAGUGGAAUGGUAGAAACAACAAGAAGCUGACCACUCAGAAGCCUCCAGCCAAUUCCAAAAAAGCAAAAGUCUUAAGUGAUUUAGAAGACACAGCAGAGUCUGAAGCAGAGGAGAGGGAGGAUGGGAAAAGUUCUGCUUCAGAGAGUGUGGAGCCUUCUGGGACUGCUGGGAGCUCAAAAUCUGGACCUGAAGCCAGUUUCAAUUGUUCUUCUGAUUCUGAGUCUGAAAUACCAAAUUCCAGUAGGUGUAACUAUGGUGAUACCACAAUGGCAAAGAAGAAGAAACGGGAAAUCAUUAAAAAAGGAUCUGUUGCUCAGGAGAACAGACAUAGCAAAAGAGUUGCCAGGAGGAAGCUAAAUGGAAGUGACUCUGAAUAUUCCAAGACCCCUUACAGAAUAGUCAGCAGCAAAGAAAGUCGCAGAAGAAUUCCACGCAGAAGUGCCACUGUGGCUGCUAAUAAAUUAAAGCUGAUGAGGGAUGUGAAGGAGGAGGUCUCCAGCUCGGAAAGCAUUGGCACUGGGUGCAAGAAUAGAAAACUUCCCCACCGCGAUGCCUCUGCUGUGGCUAGGAGAAUGUUACUGGAUGGCUCUGAGGAUGAUGCAGGCUUAAAGUCAGAGAGAGAAGAGGAGGUAAAGGAGCAGUACACCAGGAGGAAAGCUCAUUCUCGGCCUGGUUCAUCUGCUGCUAGAAGAAAAUACAUUAGUGAAUCUGAAAACGGAAGUUCAAAUUCUGAAACUGAAACAAAAGUGGCAGUGGCAAGUAAGCAAAGCAAUGGCUAUAAACAACCCCACAGAACAGUCUGUGCUGCCUCACCUGAAAUGAAAGAUCUUUCAGGUGAAAUCCUGGAGGAUGACUCUGGAAGCCACAAGUCAGAGGAUGAGAGCAGUCGGAGACUUUCUGACCAGUCCGUUUCUGUAUGCAAACCUGUAGGGAUGCGCAACUCCAAAGAUGGGGCAGACUCUGACUCAGACCAGUGGAAUGGUAGAAACAACAAGAAGCUGACCACUCAGAAGCCUCCAGCCAAUUCCAAAAGAGCAAAAGUCUUAAGUGAUUUAGAAGACACAGCAGAGUCUGAAGCAGAGGAGAGGGAGGAUGGGAAAAGUUCUGCUUCAGAGAGUGUGGAGCCUUCUGGGAGCUCAAAAUCUGGACCUGAAACCAGUUUAUACUGGUCUUCUGAUUCUUCUGAGUCUGAAAUAUUAGAUGCCAAUAGAUGUAAAUAUGGUGAUACCAAAACAGCAAAAAAGAGGAAACGAAAAGGAAAAACCAAAGUCAUUAGAAAAGAAACGGCCUCCGAGGACAUUGGACAAAAUACAGAAGUGCUCAGGAGCAGGACAAGUAUGAUUAAUUACAAGAAACAUACAGACAUGGCUAUUAAGACAUGGAACACCAGAGCUGUUACUGGAAAAAUUCCACGUAGAAGUGCUACUUUGGCUGCUAAUAAAAUUAAGAAAAUGAGUGACACAAAGGAACAGCUCUCCAGCUCAGAAAGUGCAUGCACUGGAAAGAAGAGCAGGAAACUGCUCCAUUGCAAUGCAUUUGCACCUUCCAGGAAAAGACCCAUGGACAGCUUUGAGAUGGAUACUAGUCUGAAGUCUGAAAGUGACAAAGAAGCAAAAGAGCAAUAUACCAACAGGAAAAAACGUUCUUGCCCUGAUUUGGUUGCUACUGAAAGAAAAUAUAUUAGUGAUUCUGAAAGAGGAAAAUCAGAGUCUGAGACAGAUAUGAAAGUGGCACAAAACAAAAGGCAUAGUAAAGACUAUAAGCAGUUAUACCAAACUGCCUAUGCUGAAUCUCUUAAUGUGAAGAAUCCCACAGAAGAAUUUUCAGAAGAGGUCUCCAAAAGCGUCAAGUCGGAGGAUGAGGGCAGUUGGAAACCUUCCAGCCACUCGCUUUCAACAAACAAAUGUGGGGUGAACAAUUCUGAAGAUGAAGCAGAUUCUGAGUCAGGCAGCGCAAUGACCAAUCAAAAAGCUAGAACUACUCAUGGAAGAGUAAAAUCCUGUGGUGUAAAGGAUACACUGGAAGUGGAAACAGGAGAGAGAGGGGAUGGCAAUACUGUGUUGCAUAGCAUGGAACCAUGCAGGACUGCUAGAAGUUCAAAAUCUGGACUUCAUGCCAACUUCAAUUGCUCUUCUCAUUUAGAAUCUGAAACCGAUUCCAGUAACAGCAAUUAUAGUGCUGCCACAAAAACAAGAAAGAGAAAAAGAAAAGGAAAAACAAAAGUGAUUAGAAGAGGUAGAAUUUCAAAUUCCAAUGUGUCGAAGCCUUCCAGAAGGCCCCAACGAAGGAAACGUCUUAAACUUAAUCAGGAAAAUGACUCUGAUGAUUUGGACUAUACCAAAUAUAAAAGAGCUAAUCGACGUUCUAAAAUAAGAACUAGAAAUGGGGGUAGGAGGACUGUAAGGUAUGAUGAUGGUGGUGAUGACGAUGAUGACGAUGACAGAGAUCUAGACAACACAGCUUGUGGAACAUAACCUUUAAAGGAAAAGCCAGCCUGCUUUUUUAUGGUAAUAACACUAGAAUUCAUGAUGAAUGCCGGCUCUUCUUCGUCCUACAUUUCAGGGAUUAUAUUUAUAUUUUUCUAUGAAAAAGUUAUGAAUGUGAUUUAAAUCAUGACUCUCCUUUUCAUAUUUUGACUUGCACUUGCCUGCCCUUGUAGCAGCAUUUAGCACAGAUGCCAAAAUGUGCCUCAUUAUAGGGGCAAAUGUUUUUCUUUACUGAUAUUUUAUUACAUAUAGCAAGAGUUUAAAAAAAAUGUUCAACACUGGGAAAACAGGUUAAUAGCAGUAUGUUGAGUAUUAUUGUUAUGGGUGCUGCAAUGAGAUACUACCUAGGCUAUAUAAUAUUAAUGCAUUCAACUGCAAACACCUCUUAAUGCUGUCUGAAAUCUCACAUGAUGGUAACAGACUACAAAUAAUAGUGGUCAUGCUAUAGAAAGGUGGACGCUGACAUAAAGAACAUCAGAUAAGAAAUAAAUGUUCACUACAUAAAUAAUAUAACAGCUUGUAUUAGUGCAGAUGUCAAAAUGUUCUGUGCGACCACUAUCAAUUAUACAGAACCAACUAGCAAUGAACACAAUGUUUGCCAAUUAAAAAAUGGUGCUGGGGAAGAUAAGUUUUGCUGACAGGUAGUACUAUCAUCUUUAAUGUGACUUCCAUGCUGUAAAUUUAAGACCAUGAUAUGCAGGUAAAAUCUUGGGUCUAAGCGUUUUUGUGUUUUCUUUAUAAAAUAGACAAAAAAGUAAAACCAAACUUGUGCUGUGUAUUUUUUAAUAGGUGAAAAGUUUAAUUAUAUUAAUUAAAAUAUUAAUGAACCAGA